AUGGCAAUCAUUUCACUGGCGAUCUUCGGCUAUAUAUCGGCCGCACCGGUCGAUGGCACCCAACCCGACGCCGUGGACAUCGCGGCUGCACCGCUAGACCUCUUGGGCUGCGGUAAAGCCUUGUAUUCGUGCAAAUCGUCGGGAUUUCGGCCGAAAUGCAUACGUUUUGAGCAGUUUUGCGAUGGAGUGACUGAUUGUAAGGACGGGGAGGACGAGGAGAACCAACUGUGCGUUUUGGCCGCCAUCGGGAACCAUACCAUCGCCGGUAACGGCACCGAUGGUAACAGUUCCGCACCGGCUGUUGAGGAUAUGUCGCCGCCCAGAUUACAGGCCGAGAAACUGGUUGUCCGCCUGUUAAAGGCCCUCACUGGUGGUCAACAGUAUAUCCAUAAUAAUGGUCAACAACAACAGGGCCAGCAACAGGGACAACAACAGGAUUAUUAUGAAGUGAAAAACUCGCGAGACUUUACGGGUAAAGUAGUUUUGGUGACCGGUUCCCAGUCGGGCAUCGGUGAGGGUAUUGUCAAACUGUUCGCUAUAUUAGGCGCACAUGUGGUGAUCACCGGCAGGAAAGAGACAGAGAUUAUGAAAGUGGCUCAAGAAGUGCAACGGUUAUCACCCAAUGGAUUAAUGCCGUUAUCAAUGGUAGCCGAUGUGACCAAAGCGGACGACUUGACCAAAAUUGUUGACAAAACAAUCAAAACGUACGGAAAGUUAGAUGUGUUGGUAAAUAACGCGGGCAUCGGUUCCCUGACAGACAUCCGGGACCGCGAUUUCAUUACCGCUUUUGACAGAGUGUUUAGCAUUAAUGUGCGCUCAGGUCUGCAACUCAUACAACUGGCCGUCCCAUACCUGGAGCUCACAAAUGGCACUAUUAUUAGCACCUCUAGUAUCGCCGCCUUUAGACCUGGUAAAUCUCCCCUACCGUACGGCGCCUCCAAAGCAACACUUGAUUAUAUAACCAAAUCAUUGGCCGUUGAAUUGGGUCCCAGGAUUAGAGUUAACGCUAUAAACCCGGGUUACAUACUGUCGGAUGAGUUUAGGGAUGUUAUUAGUGCUGAUAGAUUAUCAAAAGUGACCAUGGCCACUCCACUUAAACGUAUUGGACAGCCGUUAGAUGUGGCCAAAGCCGUAGCAUUUCUGGCCUCAACUGACGCCCAGUUUAUAACCGGCGUUAAUCUGGUCAUCGAUGGCGGCAUUUUGUAUACUUAA